AUGGUCAAGACACUUCCCUUCGGUGAUAUCCAAGUUCCCUCGCCCGGUUUCGGCGCGAUGGGUCUUAGUUUCGGGCUGGGAAGUAAUUUGAGUCUUGAGGAGGCGGAGCCGGUGCUUUUGAAGGCGAUUGAGCUUGGUUGUACAUUCUGGGAUACUGCUGUUAUCUAUCAAGCUGGUGUGAAUGAAAAGCUUCUUGGUGAUUUUAUCCGGAAGCAUAACGUUCGCGAUAAGGUUUUCAUUGCCUCGAAAUGUGGCUUCAUCGCCUUCGGAGGUGAGCUAGGAGUCACCAACUCUCCUUCGCAUAUCAAGGAGUACAUCGAGGGCACGAUUGAACGACUCGGUUUCACGCCUGACCUGUAUUAUCUCCACCGGAUUGAUCCCAAUACCCCUCUCGAGGAAUCCAUCCCCGCCCUCGAUGAAAUCCGCCAGGCAGGCAAGACCAAAUACAUUGGUCUGUCGGAGUGCUCUGCGGCGACAUUGCGCAAGGCCAAUUCCAUUGCCAAGAUCGAUGCCAUCCAAGCUGAAUACUCUGCUUUCGAGACAGUUCAUGAGACAGACGGUUUAAUCGAAACGGCAAAAGAGCUAGACGUCGCUUACGUCGCUUAUAGCCCUCUAGGACAUGGCUGGCUCGUGGAUAAUUUUGACUACAAGACGCCUGAUGACUUUGCCCCGGAUGAUUUCCGUCGUACGUCACCCAAAUUCCAAGGCGAAAAUUUCUACAAGAACAAGGCCAUCGUCGAGGAAAUCAAGAAACUCGCUGUUCGCAAGGGUUGCAGCAUCAGUCAAAUCGCUCUCGCUUGGGUUGCCGCCCAGGGUAUGAUUGCUAUCCCUGGUACUACCAAGGUGAAGCGAUUGGAGGAGAAUUGGGCAUCGAGAGAUAUUGAUUUGACCGAGGAGGAGAAGCAGGAGUUCCGCCGGAUUAUUGAUGCUGCUAAGCCUCAUGGUAACAGGUAUUCUGCUGCGCAUCAGUCUAUGGUUGGACAUUAG